UUGUUGAUUUCCGUCGUCAAAACAAAAUCUGUUAUUACAAAUAUAUUUUUUUAUUUUCUUACUUAUAUGUAUCUAAAAAUUGUUCUAUUUUCUAGCACUCGCGCUCUGUGACUGGUCACAAUUACAACAAAAGCGAAGAAAUUUAGCCCGACGUCACUGUUCCCCCCGAGAAGCAUCCUCGUACUUUUCAAAAAUGUCUGUCAUUGGAUGUAUUGAAGUCAACUAUUUAAUGAACCAUCUAAACAAAGUUAUAUUGGGAAAACCCUGCAAUAUAAAACCGUUAAUUCUUAGAGCAAGUGCCAAUAUGUUUUGUAAAUACAUGUGUUCAGUUCGAUUUGAUUACGAUGAUAAGGACUUCCAGAAAAUUACAGGUUAUUUUGAUGAUAUUUUUUGGGAAAUUAACCAAGGGUAUUCUUUAGAUUUUGUACCGUGGCUUUUGCCAUUUUAUAAAAGUCAUAUAAGGAAUAUUGAGCACUGGUCUACUACAAUAAGAACAUUUAUUUUAGAAAGAAUUAUUAAUCAACGAGAAAUAAAUAUUAAUAUUGAAGAGCCAGACCAAGAUUUCACUGAUGCUUUACUAAAAAGUAUAAAAGAAGACAACCACGUAACUCGCAAUACAAUUAUUUUUAUGCUAGAAGAUUUUAUUGGGGGUCAUUCAGCUGUCGGGAAUUUGGUUAUGUUAGCACUCGCCUAUAUAGCUAAACACCCAAAAAUUGGCAAUGAAAUUAAACUAGAAAUAGAUAGAAUUUCAAAUAACGAAUCGAGAAAUAUUUGUCUGCAUGAUAUGAAUUCAAUGCCUUAUACAAUGGCAACUAUUUUAGAGGUAUUACGAUAUUCAUCGUCUCCUAUUGUUCCUCAUGUUGCUAUGGAAGACACGGUAAUUGCAGGAUAUGGCGUUACUAAAGGUACUAUUAUUUUUAUAAAUAACUAUAUUCUAAAUAAAAGCAAAAACAACUGGAAACACCCUGAACAAUUUCAUCCUGAACGUUUUUUAGAAAAAAUUUAUAAACGUGCCUUGGACCCAGGUAUUGAAUAUGUAUAUCAGUUAAAAAAAAAUGUUCCUAAUUUUUUACCUUUUAGUAUAGGUAAACGCACGUGUAUUGGGCAAAAUUUGGUUAAAGGAUUUGGUUUUAUUUUGCUGGCAAACAUUAUUAAAAAUUAUAAUGUUAACAGUGAAGAUUUAUCGAAAAUUCAAAUAAAUAAAGCAAGUGUGGCUUUACCGACAAAAUGUUUUGAACUAGUCUUAACACCAAGACCAAAAAUACCUUAA